AUGGUGGGUAGAAGAAAAAAAGCCCUUCAGGCAAAGGGAGCUGUUCAUAAAAAUGCGCAGAGGGAAGCUCAAGAAGCUCAAAAGACCCAAAAGGCUCAGAAGAGUCGAUCGGCUCGAGCUGGUAAGGAAGAGCGUCGUGCCAAAAAAUUGGAACGUCGGAAGAAAGAGAAGAAAUCAUAUACUGCACAAGAUUGGGCAGAACCUGCCCCAGAUCAUUUGAUUGCAAAGUUAGAUCUUCCUAAGCAUAGUUCUAAGUAUCAGUCGUAUUUCGAAUUUGCGGAGAAUAAGGAAAAGAAGAAGAAGCUGGAGUUUCAGGUCACCAAUGAUCCCAAUCCUCCACCAGGGUUUGCCUACGUGCCUAUUGGGGAUCCGACUUUGACGAAUGCUUGUAAAGAACUAUCGCGAGAACAAAAUGCUAUGAUCUUUAUUGUUUCGCGCUCGAAAGAGGACAACUCGAAGAUUUCAGAGCAUGUUUUUCGAACCGGAUAUCACUUUCGAGAAGUCAUCGUGGAUGAAGCACGUAAAAUUGUCGGCGACACGGUUAUCUCUAACACUACUCAUGGCUCGAUUGAGCCAAUACCAGAAUCACAAGAAGAAAUAAACAGACAAGCCGACGAUGCGAUACGAGAUCUUUUCCCAAGAAUCCCCAACACUGACCGACAACGAAUCAUCGAGCAUGCUUUUCAAAAGGGUGUGAAAUUUCACGGGGAGCCUACGGUCGGCCUUCAAGCAGAUCUUCCUUUGGCACGUCGAGUCCAACUUGCUGUUCUUGCCCACAUUCGUCAUACACACACAAGAUAUGAUAAGUUACUCAGGGAAACCAGUUGGAUAAAUGCACGAAAGGUAGUUGAACCUGUAUGCUUAGACGUCCUUGUGAAAUGGCGAGGAGACGAGGAAACUGGCCGCGACCAAAUGGAUGAGAUCUUACGGGAAGUUGUCAUUAUUACCGAUUCGGACGAUGAAGACGAGGACGACUCCGAUGAAGACGAUGAUUCGGACGAGGACGAGGAAGAGGAUGAGACAUUCCCGGAACCCGCCGCCCUAGUCAAUCAAAAUGAUUCACAAAGGCAGCAACCUUUGGGAGCUGACCAAAAUUCACAUGGGAAUGUUGCUGGCCCCUCAGACCCCAUUUCUUUUCACACAAGGUCUCGAACAAGGCUAAAUGAGGCAGCAAGGAAACCCCAGCCUCGCUUCAAGCGAUAUCAAGCUGCUUGGGAUGAGGCUUUGAGUCGCCGUCAAAAUAUGGCUCAUGAAUCUAAUGGGCCAAGUACCCAAGGAUAUGAGGCAAGUUUGAGACCUACUCACCGUAAUGGCUCAUCACAUUACCAAGAAAUACCUCGACAGCAGGGGCCAGAGUACCUCUUUCGUGAUGCAGAACCUCGGCAUAGCAUCCCACCUGAACAACAAAUUCGUCAUUAUUACACACAGGAAAGGCCAUCUUCAAGGACAUUGAUUCGCAGAGAUGAGGUAACAGUAAGACCCUUGCAUGAACGCCUAGUCUUCCAUCCUCCACAGUUUAAUACUGCACCACAAGUGAACAGAGAGCCAAGGCCUCAAGUAGUAGCCGGGGCCUCCUCAACAAGAUCUGGAUUUCAAGACAUGCUUGCUUUAUCCAUUGAAACACAAAAUGAUAGUAUGAACAUUUCACCUCGUUUGAAUCGAAAUGCUGUUGGCGAAUUAAAUGACCACCAAACGUCAUAUCCACGACGUGUGGCUGAAAGGGAUAGAAUUUCACCUAGGCUCCGAGAAGUCAUUGUUCUUGAUGAUGGUGAUGAUGAUAAUUCUUAUUCUAAACGCCGUCGUGUGAUUGAGGAUGGUCAUGGACGAUUUAGGCCUUAUCCUUCCCGGGAACAGCAUGGCCAUACCACCCCAAUUUUUCAUUCCAGGGAAGCUGAUCGUCGUCCCAUUGCAUUGCCCAGACAUACUGAAGGUUUGUCAACAAAUGUACCAUUAGCAUCUUCACGACCUGUGUUUGCAGAAAGACUGCCUAUUUAUGAUGUGCCUGAUUCCAGACCACAUGAAAUGCAUUCAAAUCCAUCCAGGCGAGAAGAUGAGAGGCUCUCUUACCAGCAGCCUUUACUGCAUUCAGGGCGAGAAAUAGCUGCACCGCGUCCCUAUUUGACAAAUUUUGAUGAGACUUACAAUCCUCAACGAGUGGCUAGUGAUAACAUGAGAGUGGUUGAGCGUGAUCGGUUUGUACGACGAGAACAGGUUGAACCAGGUCAGAGAUAUUACUUUCAAAGACCAGCGUCACCUGAUCUACAUGGUUCCAGAAGAUUUUCUCAUUUCCAAAAUGUGGAUGGUCCUGCAGACCAAGCUUUCAUUCAACGUUUCUCUCAAUCUGGGCUUGAACCUUCCAUUCCUCGACCACAAGAUGGUCCCGUUUCUUAUCAGAGAUUCCCUCCAAAUGUUCAUCAUCAAGGCGGCGAGCUAGGUCAAGCAGCUAGGUCAUUUACAGUCAUGCGCCCUGUUCAAGCAAGAUCUCCAAAUAUCUGA